CGACUCAUCAGCGAGCGAAGGACAACUUUUUGCGCCCCUCCUCCCUGGGCCCCGCCGUCAACCGCCUACCGCCUACCGACCGCCAAGUAACUACUUCGUAGUUGGCGCGGACGAAGAACGACUUUCCCACCGGUUGCCUCACCUUGCUUCGAGAGCGCGAGCAGGGCAUAGAGUCAUCAACCUGCCAACCCAUCCGAGAAGACGGCUGACCAUCUCUGUUUUUCUCUUGGGUUUACGAGGUCAUGACGGAAUGAAAUAGACGGUCUACGAUAUACCGAUUACGCGACUGGCUGGGCGAUUUCGUCGCUUCCACCAACCCCCCACCAUCACCACCACCGACAACAUUUAGACGUCGCCAUCGACGUUGCGUCUUUGCGCAUCUCGCCCUCCCCCUGCGGCGACGACAACGGCGACGAAGACGACGACGACCUCGCAAACAGCCUCAUUACCUCGCACCACAACAUGGCAGCCGCCGCGGUAGCCGCCGGCGCGUCUGCGCUGCCGGCAGCAGCACCAUCAUCACCAUCACCACCAACAGCAGCAGCAGCAGCACCACCGCCCGCCGGCGCCGCCGUGCCCUCGCCCUUCACCCCGCAGAAGCAGUCCUACAUCGCCAUCGGCCUCGAGGGCUCCGCCAACAAGCUCGGCGUCGGCAUCAUCCGGCACACGCCCACGGCCACCACCGUCCUGGCCAACCUACGGCACACGUUCGUGUCGCCCCCGGGGACGGGCUUCCUGCCCAAGGACACGGCGGCGCACCACCGCGCACACUUUGUGCGGCUGGCGCGCGAGGCCCUCGUCGCCGCCGGUCUCACAACCUCUUCUUCCUCGUCAGAGUCAGAGUCAUCGCCCGCCGGCGUCGACCAAAUCGACUGCGUGUGCUUUACCCAGGGCCCUGGCAUGGGCGGCCCGCUCACCAGCGUCGCCGUCGCCGCCCGCGCCCUCGCCCUGCUCUGGGGCAAGCCCCUCGUUGGCGUCAACCACUGCGUCGGGCACAUCGAGAUGGGGCGGCACAUCACGGGCGCCGACAACCCCGUCGUGCUGUACGUCUCGGGCGGCAACAGCCAGGUCAUCGCCUACGCCGAGCGCCGCUACCGCAUCUUCGGCGAGACGCUCGACAUCGCCGUCGGCAACUGCCUCGACCGCUUCGCCCGCACCCUCGCCAUCAGCAACGACCCCGCCCCCGGCUACAACAUCGAGCAGCUCGCCAAAAAGGGCUCCCGCCUGCUCGACCUGCCCUACACGGUCAAGGGCAUGGACUGCUCCUUUAGCGGCAUCCUCGCCAGCGCCGACGCCCUCGCCGCGCAGCUGCCCAAAGAAGACGGCGAGAGCAACGACGCCGGCUUCACGCCUGCGGACUUGUGCUUCUCCCUGCAGGAGACCGUCUUCGCCAUGCUCGUCGAGAUCACGGAGCGCGCCAUGGCCCACGUCGGCAGCAGCCAGGUCCUCAUCGUCGGCGGCGUCGGCUGCAACGAGCGCCUGCAGGAGAUGAUGGGCCACAUGGCCCGCGAGCGCGGCGGCACCGUCUACGCCACCGACGAGCGCUUCUGCAUCGACAACGGCAUCAUGAUUGCCCACGCCGGUCUGCUGGCCUACGAGACGGGCUACACUACCCCGUUGGCUGAGAGCCAAUGCACUCAGCGCUUUAGGACCGAUGAGGUCUACGUCCAAUGGAGAGAUUGAUG